AUGGCUUCUAAUCGAAACAAGAAGUGGGAGUACCUAAUGAUGCUAGUGUGUCUGACUGUAGCAAACACAAUAUAUUACCUCGGACAAUUUAUGCCACCUUUCGCGAUGGGCAUGGCUCCUCCAAUGAUGAUGAUGCCUCCUCCAAUGAUGCCUAUGCCUCCGCCAAUGAUGGCUAUGCCUCCCCAAAUGAUAAUGAUGAUGCAGAACGGAGGAGCCGGUAGACCGGGAGGCUCUACUUCUACAACAACAACAACUACAACAACGACACAAAAAUCGAUCAUCGGGUUUGCCGUGCCGGCUCCAGUGCCGAUGCCGAUGCCCUUCGCGGUCCCGCCCGGCGUCCCGCCCGCCUUCUGCCAGGCCAAGCCGAGACCGCCGAGCUGUCCGCCCUGCCCGCCCUGCGUCUGUGUGUCCUGUAUACCUGCCUUCUACUCCUACUGCUCCCCGUGCCACCAGAAGUGUCGCUGUCGAAACCCUGACAACGCUCCGAUACCCAUUCCACCUGUCCCUCCUCCCAUGUUCGCUGCUCCUCCUCCACAACUCCCAAUGAUUGCUGUAGCUCCAGCACCGCCUCAAGUUGUUCUGUAUCCAAUUCCUCCUAUGGGGCCAAUCAGAAUUGAAAAACCAGUAAAGUCAUCAUGCCAAAAAUCAUCAGAAACCCAUGGACGUUGCGAAUCAGAUAAUGAUAAGUCUGAAUCUAAAGGUUCAGAUACCGGAAAGUCCGAAUCAGAAUGUUCUGGUAGUGAUUCUUCUGAUGUAUCUAAAUAUAAGAGAAAUAAAAGGAGAAGGCGAAAGAGACUACGUCGUAGAAAAGGGUCCCUAGGCCGCACUUUCAAAGCGAAAUUUAGGAGAAGCAGUAAGGACCGCCAGUACAAUGUGAAACCUUUCUUGACGUACAAGGAUCGACGCGGUAAGAUAAAGUUCCAAAACGAAUUGGAUGAUCUUGCGGCCAUGCAUCUUUUCUUGAAUCAUACAAAUGAGAAAAAUCACCGGCUUAUGAAUAAAAACAGUGACGACGAUUUUUACUGAAUA